UGACCCAAGCACAAUUGAUACGAGUUCGGGGUCCCCCCACAGAAUCAUCUGUUCCCGAAAACAACAGUGUUUAGUGAGUGGUUUGGGAAAACUCUCAACAUCACAGUCGUGUGUGCGUGUGUUCGAACUAGCAGAUUUUGUUUCUGCGGGAGCUUUUCCUCUCGAAGGUUAAUCGAGUGAAAGUGUUAGCACAGGGAGGAGCCGUGAAAAUUUCGCCAGUAAUAUCGAGUGAUUGCAGAAUGGUUGUGAUUUGUAAUUUAUGAUUAAUUUAGUGGCAGUGAUUGUGAUGCGAUGCGGUAACAAAACCAGUAACUUAAUAGGUCUAAUGAAGCAAGGAUGAAAAUAGCCGCACCUUUAGAAAAAUUCGAUUACUAUACGCUUAUAAUAUCGUAUUGGAGGAUUGCGAUACGUAGAUAGUUGGAGCGUGGUAGUAAUUUAAUAUUUUACAGUUGACUGGCAUUACGGGUUAUUAACUAUCUUGUUGACAUCAUUUAAUUAAAAUGAACUGUAAACGUUGACCUUGAUAGCAUGUAACAAGAUUACCUACUACAAAGACACCAAUGUAACACUAGUUCACAGAAAUCAAAGUAGUUGAAUUGAGGAGCCUCUAAUAAUGUCAAGCAACGGAAGUACUCCCAUCAACAGCCCGCGAAGGAUAUUUGGCAGAACCGCGACGCUGGAUAAAAAUGCCAUGCUGGAGUAUGAAAUGAAUAAGAAUCUAGACAGCAAAUUUCGGGAAAAGGCUGAAAAGGAACUGGGAGAAAGUGGCGGUGAGAUGACGUAUACCAAAAUACGACAACUGCGGCAACAGUUGAAUAUCUAUGCCGAGCAUCAUCAGCGUGGAUUGGGCGGUCGGAGAGAUGACUCGUUUCUGUUGCGAUUUUUGCGGGCGAAAAAAUUCGAUGUGGAUAAGGCGUUUAAGAUGAUUCAAAAAUACUACAAAAUGAAAGACGAAUAUCCGGAAAUUUUCAAAGUCUCCCCUCCCUCAGAGAUGAAAUUUAUGCUUGAGAUGCAGAUACAGUGUAUGCUUCCAAAAAAGGACGACAACGGGCGUCAAAUUUAUUUAUUCCGAGUUGAGAAAUGUGAUCCGUACAAAAUUCCAGUAGACUACGUUUUUCGCAGUAAUGUGCUAGCUUUAGAGGAUGCAAUCCGCAACCCGGAAACUCAAAUCGGAGGCCUGGUGGUGGUGCUGGACAUGUCUGGAUUGGGCUUUGCACAUGCUAGAUACUUGUCACCUCAUUUGGCUAGAAAAACAGUAGAAGUAGUGCAAGAAGCUUUUCCGAUGCGAUUUAAAGCGUUUCAUGUUCUGCACGAACCGUUUUACUUUGAUGCAAUCCUGGCUGUGCUGAAACCGUUCCUGAAAGAUAAAAUUAGAAGGAGAAUACACCUUCACGGUCACAAUUUGCAGUCACUGCAUAAAUACAUUUCUUUGGAUUUACUACCGCUGGAGUAUGGAGGAACGCAACCGUCGUUCGACAACACCGAGUGGCGAACUGCCAUUCUGGAAAACGAACAGUACUUCAUCGAUCUGGAGUCGUACAAUCACAGUGCCGAUAGUUGCUAUCAGGAAGAUCAGGAUAAUGCGGAUGCUGAAAGUAUCGACAGCUUGCAGUUCGGCGACACGGAAACGGAAGACAGUGAGUUCGACGAGGACGACAGGCGGGUGCUGAGUCCGAAGCGAACGGCGCGGUCAAUCGUUGAUAUAGAGGAGAUAUUUCUUAAGAACGGACUCAAAGGGAUGGAAGCUGAAGCAAAUGAUAGCCUCGAGAAAGAAGUGCGAGAUACGAAAUAAACAAAGUGAAUGGGAUGUUUUUGUGUUGACGUUAUGUUUUUGUUUUCUUACUCUUGCAUAAAUAGUAGUUGAAAAGCUUUUCAUUAUACAGUUUUUCUUUUAGUUUCUGCAACAAAGCUGUUGUUUUGUGCUGUUGUACGAGUUUAAUAGCUCAAGUGAGAGAUCAGAGACGGUUGUCAACGAUGAGGCGGCCUUUUAAAACUUUUCCGUGGGAAAGUCAGAAAGCCAUGCCGGUAGUAAGGGAAUCUUGCUUUAAUUUAUUAUUCCAGCCGCGCUGAUUAGUUCUUUCGAUCAACGGUUGUUUGAUGAGUUACUCGGAAUAUGCUCUUUAAACUUUUUACAGCUUAGACAUUACUAAACAAGAAUCAAAACAGUUAACGAAACUAUUUGUAUUUGAAUUAUUAUUGUUAUUUUUUAAUUAAUGAGCUGAACGUUAUUUCAAACAAGCAGUUAGCCUCAUCAAUUGGAAUUAUUCUCAUUUAAAAUCAUUGAUAGAAAUCAUAGAUACAAAUCAGAAUAACAUCUAACAAUUACUGUAAUAUCAACAAAUUCGCAAAUCGCACCGUCAACUCUUCCAAAUAUGAUCAUUCCCUUAUCAUGUUCCUUUCAGACUUCAGAUGUCUUAAAUUUUCAAUUAAGAAAUGAUUAUUCGAACUUCGAAGAGGUUGCUCAGAGUAAGAUUAAUUUUGUUUAUGUAAUUCAAAUGUUCCUACUUUUGUACCUCUUACUUUCAGUCGGCUCCCUCAUCACCUCAAAACUGCGAGCCACGACACGCUGAACAUACACAAUUUCUUCACUCUCUAGGGAAUACAAGACACCUCUCGAUGAGUGGAUUUAUCAACACUCCCAAGAGGAUAUUGAGAUAACAGAACGACUACACUCCCGAAGAGAUAUUGUCAUUCAAAUACGGCUCAAACUAUAGCUUCUUAUCACACCGGAUUAGGAACAACAGCAUAUCCUUUAGUGUCAGCUCUCUGUAGAUAGGUUCAUCUAUGUAUGGAGAACUAAAAAUUCAGAUACGCAAUUGCAUUACUGCAGGGCAGUUACAUUUCAAAUGAUAUGAAGCUCCGUAAUCGGAUUCACAAAGAUCACACGAAUAAUACUCAGCACACUGAAUAGUAACCAUGUGAUAAUUGAUUUUACAAUGUCCAGUCAGUGCCCUGUCUAGAAUACUGCAAUUGUGCUUGGAGAAAUGCAGCAAAUUCUUUGACAUUUUCGAACUGAUAUCCGGCGGAAAAAUCUUUGUUUGAACGCAAGUUUGCAAGCUACGUCUAUGGUUAACUUGUUCGGAUGCAGCCCAAGACCGACACUUGUGCUUUAUCGAACUUAUCGACAGAAGUAGAACUGGUUCUGGACCAGCGAAGUCAGUCGUUGCGUGCGCUCUAGCCAAUUCGUCCGCCCAUUCGUUUUCCAGUAAUACCGAAAUGACCGGGUACCCACAAACGGUAGAUAGCAUUUGAAAUGCCAAGUUCUGCGAUUUGAGUUCCACAUGCGAUUACUAAUUUCGAUCUCGAAUCUGCCGAACUAAGUGCUUUCAGGGUAGCUUGACUGUCAGAGCAAAAAUAGUUUCUUUUACCAUAAAUUCCCUGUUGAGGUGUCGAUUGUACGCCACACAGAAUCGCGAAGAUUUUUUCUUGGAAAACGGUACAGUAUCUUGCAAGUGAAUGAGAUUGGAUUGAUCUUAUUUCAUGACAAUAGACACCAGCAGCGCCGGCUCGGUCCUCCAACAAAGAAUGGUCAGUAUAACAAACUACUUAUUGUUAAGUUGCUGCUCCAUCCAGCCGGACAUCCCUCGCGAGGAGGAAUUCUCACAUUGAAAGUUUUUACCAAAUUUUCCUCCUUAGGGUGAAAUAUAGCAUAGAGUUUUCAAAGGAAAACUACGUGUGAGUGUAAGGUCACAGGGAGCAAGUGUAUACUCAUCCCAAGUAACCGUUUGGGGCCACAGUCUUGUGUGGCCAGUUGUGCGAUCUAUUGGGUUACUGUUCCAGAGCCCAGUAACCUUAAGACGGUAUGCACAAGAAAGUGCUUCUUGUUUCAGAAACACAUAUAGUAUCAGUCGUCGCCAUCAAGACCAUCUUCUAAAUAUGGUUCAACUUUGAUUGGGUUGUCGUACCUUCUCCCUUCUGCUACCAAACAAGCCACCCGUAUGCCAGUAUUGGUCUAACAAUUUUUGUCUAGGUCUACUGAAUGUAGUUGGUUUUGAGUCCCUAAGAUUCGCCGAAAGACCGUCUACGUUGGCCGAAGGCCAUGGAAGCUUUAUUGAUUCUGAAAUCGAUGUGAGUUGUCCAAUUAAGUUUUGAAUCAAGAAUUACUCCAACGUACUUAACUUGAUGUUCGACAAUAAUUUCAGAUUCAAAGGACUGCAACAGAAGAUCUCCGGUUGUAAUCUUUCGUUGCGUGAAAAGCACUAUUGUGUGCUAUUUGAAUUAUCUGAUAGUCCAACAUGAAGACACCAUUGCUCAACAAUUCAUCUAAAAGUGUGUUAAUGCAAAUGCCGGUGAUCAUUAUAUGAUAAUCAUCGGCCAACCCAUAUGUCGGAAACCCAAGCUCAUUAAGUUUCCUCAACAAGCCAUCGGCGACAAGGUUCCAUAAAAGUGGUUACAUCCGCAGGUACUCGGUUUCCUUAUCUCUACUUAACUAACCGAUGAGCAGAGAUGUCGGUUGUUAAGCAUUGCGUGUAACCAGUUCGUAAUACAUGAAGGUACUCUACGACCUCGUACUGCUUCCAAAAUGGAUUCGAAAUACACGUUGUCAAUAGCACCUUCAAUAUCAAGAAAAAUUCCUAAACUUGAUUGCUUCUGUGAAAAACUUUUCUUAUGUUGUAGACAGCAUUGCGUAACAGGGUAGUAGUAGAUAUCCCCCGCUCAUAUGCAUGUUGUAUUGCAUGCAGCGGGUGCUCGCCCAAACUAACAUCCCGAAUGUAGUGGUCGAUUAAACGUUCAGCUGAUUUGAGGAGGAAAAAGUAAAAGGGCAGCCUGAUCGGUCUAAAGCUCUUUACCUUCUCAUAAUUGACGCGGCCACCUUUGGGAAUUAAUUUUACAGUUAUUUUCCGUCACGCUAAUGGUAUCUAUCAUGUUGCAAGACUUCAAGUAAGAACUUUUUUCAAAAUAUGCUUGAAGUGUUCCCCAUAGUGUUCAUAUCCUCUUUGAUAUAGAAUUGGAAGGAUUCCAUCUUUUUCUGGAUAUUAUAGGGAGUUAAACUUUUAAUAACCCUUUUGAUCGAUUCGAUCGUCACAAUUCUACAAGCAAAUGCCCAAGAAUCUGAACUAUCUGUGUGUAAAUGUGUGUCAUAUAGAGAGUUGACAUACUACAUCUUCGUCAGACGAGUAUUCUCCAUUAACAGUUCUUAUCGAACUGACAUGAAAGUCUUUCGAUUUCAAAAGUAUCUUAUUUAAUCUACUAGUCUCGUUGAGACUUGAGCAUUUGUGCAAAGACUUUUUCAACCACUUCGCACAAAUAAUCGAAGGGCAUUUCUGCGUCUGCUAUUCUAAGCUCAUCUACUUAACUUUUUGAUUCGAAAAAGUUCGGUAUUCUCGUAUAACUCUGUAUCUAUCAUAAAUACUGUAGAGGGCCCCUUAAAAGGAACAUCGUUCCACUGGGAGCUCGAUGCAGUUAUUUUUCUUGCAUUUAACGCUAAUAUCUUUAUUGUGCCGGUUACUUUCACGUAUUUUUUUGUCUUUUUUGUUCUCGGCGUAUUCGCGAAUAGUUUUUUCUUCUUGUGUUGCCUUUUUUGUCGCUGAGAACUGAUGUGUCCACUACCAGGGGGCUCUCUGUGCGAGCCUUUUGGUGUGGGGGUGAAGGGCGGGCCAUUUAAAAAAAAAACUCGAAGCGGACAAGCCUCUUGGUAUGUUGCUACUAUGAAUGAGUUUGUUUUAUUCACGACCUCAUCCAAGCCACUUGGAGAUUCAAUCAACGGAGGAUACCCAUGAAACCUAGUCGCCAAGCCUUCUUCGUAGAUUUGGGAUUAUGAUAUGUGACGAUAUCUAGCGAGACGUUUAAAUAAUCAAAGACGAUGUACUUAUGAUCACAGUUUGCCAACUCUUGUGCAUUACCGUCAGAGCAGAAGGUUACAUCUAACACCUCUUCUUUGCAAACUCGUGCAAGUGUUGGGCGAUUUCCUACAUUACGUAUAUGCAGAUUUGUACUACUUAAGUAUUUUUUUUAUCAAUCUGGUGCCUCACAAAUUGAUAUCUGAGCUACUGUGUUAUGUAUCCUAUUGGUCAUCUGCAGAAUUGACUUAUUGGCUUCGUAGUAACCUUGCUUUACAGUACAAACAUUGCAUAACCAGCUUUCGCAAACCAGUAUUCAAAGUGUACUUAUCAAAAUUCUCGGCACUUCCAAACAAAUUAACACCACCAUUUUAUUAGGGAGGGGGAUUUUUAAUGAUUAUGUUAUUAUUUUGGAUGCUACUUGUUAACGUUAGCAUCACUUUUUGACAGUACACAAGGUCCAUGUAAUCAGUACUAGCGAACUGUCAAAAAUAAAGACUCGAGUUUAUUUGUGACGUCACUAUAAAGUAUUCAAUAAUAGAAUGAUCCUGUUGAAAAAUUGUCUUUAAUGGUACAUAGUCGCGAUCACAACAUGAAAUUAAUUACAAAGAGACUUACAAAUACUUUCCCAAAACUACCGAGCUCUAGGACCUUAUUUACGAAAUGUCCAGUUUAACUUAUGUUCUGGUAAAUCACAAUAAAACCUAUAGGGCACUUGCCCCGGCCCCAUGACCAGUCAGAUGCAGUCUAAAAAGAUUACAAAAUACAUUUUUGAAAAAAAAAAAUCGUGAAGUUCUAGGACAAACUUUAUGAAUUGGUCAGUCUGGUGGAUGGUCAAUUUCAUUAUUACCUGACCGAUUGGGUCCAUCUCCGAAUCACAAGCACAAGUUCAUUCAAAUGAUCGUUCAAUAAAUUCUUUUGAAAGUAUGUACCACAGUACCCUAGGAUCCUUAGUCAGUUUUGGGGAUGCUCUGGAGAGUAAUUACAAAUGUUACUGUACAUGGGAGUACAAAGGUCCAUGCGUAGGUUCCAAAAAAGUCCAUUUUCCGGUUACAAACUAAGAAAUCUGAAAAUACAGAAUCAAGUUUGCCAGUUCUUCGAAUGUUCCAGAUCAGGAUGGUCAUUUCGUGACCAAUGGAGUCAUUAUUUGUCACAAGUAUAAAUUUAUGCCAAUGAUAUUUCUAACAAUACUUUCGAUAAAACCUCAGAAUUUUUGGACUAGGUUCAUGAAUUGACCAGUUUUACAGAUGUUUUUCCGAUAAUACUUAAGUCUAAAUAUCAAUACCAUUUUAGUUAUGAUUUAUUGUAUGCGUUCAAGUUUUACGAUUAGUUGUACCGUCGUAAAAUUCGUUUUAUUGUCGCUUGUACAUAGGGUUUGCAGUACCGACCCUUUUUAGCGAGAACCGGUACUACGGUACUGAAGCCCUCAGUACCGGUAAAGUACCGGUACUCGAAUAUUCUUUUUAAAAAUUCGAAAUAAGCUCCAAAGUGAAAUUGAAUGCUCAAAUUGAUGACCUUAUUCUCACAUGAUUGAUUUGUGCUGAUCAAAAAGUAUAUUUAUUGUUUUCAAUUGAUUCGGAAUGGCAUGACUCAUUUCAACAGAAAAUAUUUUUCGUAUGCGGCACCUUCUUUUACUUCUUUUAUCUAGGCCACUUUGAAAUCAAUAACUGCUAAGCGAUGCGACUUUUGUCGACUUCAACAGAUGGUAAAUGUAAGAAACACUAUUAACAACAGUAAAUCAAAGCGAGAAUGGCAGUAAAUCCGAGCAGGUUAUUCGCAUUUCCUCUUUGCUUUCCUGUAAACUAUAGAGUUUUGCUGAAUUUUCCGAUCACUAAUAAUUACAAAUCGCUCCAUUUGGAGUAGUUCACCAAGUCUAAAAUUGUUAGCUACUGAAUCGCUGUUCGUUCUUUUAUAAAUAAAGGUUAAAGAGCAAACCAAAGAUGACUUAGACCAUAGUCUUAUUACGCGCCACCCAGUGAAUAACGAAACCUAUCAGAAUGUCGCUAAUAAAAUAAUUCAAGGCAAAUUUUUACGUCUCUUACGCUAGAUGUAAAUAUAUUGAAAUUUAGUACAAGAUCGUUUAAAUUUGAUUUCGACAAAAUAAAGCAGGAAUUUGAACUUACCGUUCAGUACAACGGGAGCUAGUAAUUUAGAAGGUAAUUAAUAUAAUUAAAAGUCAUCUUGCAGACCGAUAUUUUGAAACAGGUCCCCCUAGAGAGUCCACAUAUUUUUCAUAAAAAAAUGUAUGGUACCGAAAAUACCGGUACUGGCUUUUGUUCAGUACCGGUAUUACGGUACCAAAAAUGGGUCGGUAUUCCCGGGAUUUUCGGUACCGGUAUUACCGGUACCACAACCCUACUUGUACAGUGUUAUGGAGUUAAAAUAUGAUCCACAGGCUUGGACAUAUGUGGAUCAAAACCAGUGAUAUUAAUCAGAAAAUGAAAAUUGAAACUCUAACAACAAAUUGGCAACAACCAUGCUUAGUUCUAAAAAAUCUAUCAAAAACAACGGUUCUUUUAAAUCUUUUAUAACUAUACAGGAGACAACGGGAGAACAAUGAUGUGUGUUGAGUUUCAAUGUAUUGGUGUAGAUGCACUACACUAAUUGCAGCUAAAACUGGCUACACAUUUUGGCCCAUUCAGAAGUUAUUACAAUUAAGAUUUCUGACAGCUCAUUUACAACCACAGAUGCAAUAUCGAACCAAAGGAGUUUGGUUUGUUUUUCUCAUGAAAUACGUAACCUCAACCGGUUUUCGCAGGGCAAAAUAUUUUGUUUUCCUCACAAAAUAAUUUGGCAGCAUUUCUUUUUUAACGGGAAUAGAAAGGUCAAUUGAACUUUGCUACAUUUUUAUCAAAAGUAUUAGGGCUUCAAAGU